AUGAAGUGUAAACUGCAGGCAAGUCCGAUAUUCCCAUUUCACUCAAGGACUAAUCCUCCCAUUGGGGAACACUCUGCAAGUUCAAGCCAUGCCGUUGAGCCUGAAAAUAUAUCACCUGACUCUACGGGAAAAACUAUGUCUACGCCUUCGUAUCAUGAUACUAUUGAAUCAAAUCAAACGAACCAAUCUGGGCCAGGGCCACAAAAUGUAUUGCAUACUGAAGGGGCCGAAAUCGUAGAGGAGCCGAAGUUGAGUAUGGUGUUUCAAUCUGAAGAGGAGUUACUUUCUUACUACAAAAGGUAUGGGCAACAAUGUGGUUUUGGGAUAAUGACACAAAGGAGUCAUAGGUUUGAGGAUAUGAGUGUUAGAUAUGUGACAGUGGGUUGUGCUCGUGGUGAGAAGGUACGGAACCGUACAUCAAAUGUCGCAAGACCAUGUCCGACAUCAAAGACAGAUUGUAAGGCAACGAUAAAUGCCCUAUUCAGAAAAGGGAUGUUGACGUUGUCGAGUGUUAACAAUACCCAUAAUCACAGCCUAAGUCCACAAAAGUCGAGAUUCUUUUGCUGCAAUAGAGAAGUCAGUGAGUCUGUUAAGAGGGUGUUAGAUAUAAAUGAUCAAGCUAGGAUCAGAAUGAGCAAGAGUUUCGCCUCUCUUGUGCAAGAAGCGGGUGGGUUUGAAAACCUCCCUUUCAAUGAAAAAGACUGUUGUAACUAUAUUGACAGGGCACACCACCUUCGACUUGGGAAAGGUGGCGUUGGAGUCCUCCGUGAGUAUUUUACUCAGAUGCAAUAUAAGAAUGACAGGUUCUUUUCACUCAUGGAUAUGGAUGAUGACGGGCGGUUGAGGCAUGUAUUCUGGGCAGAUGCCCGAAGUAGGGCAGCCUACAAAUAUUUCGGUGAUAUUGUGACAUUCGACACGACGUAUUUGACAAACAGAUAUGGGAUGCCGUUUGCACCAUUUGUUGGUGUAAACCACCAUGGCCAGUCAAUUUUGUUGGGGGCAUGA